CAGCAACAAUGGACGAUCACCAGAAGAGGAAUCUGACUUUUUUCACCAUCGGACUGAUCUUCAUGCUGAGCGGCAUAGAGUACGCUGUCAUUCUGCCGACCAUAUGGAAGUACCUGCAGAUCCUGGAGGCCCCACCUUACUUCCUGGGUCUGGGCCUGUCUGCCUUCAGUCUGAGCGGCCUGCUCACCGGCCCACUUUUCGGGCUCUGGUCAGACCGGAGGAAAACUACAAAGUCCAUCAUCCUUUUCUCUAAUCUUUUUGAGAUUGUUGGUAACUUCAUGUAUUUCAUUGGAUACUCAAAGUGGCUGCUGCUGUGCAGUCGGCUCGUAGCAGGUAUCGGUGCAGGAGCAGGCUCCUCCAUCUUCGGAUUCCUGACCCGAAGCACUCGGCCGGAGGAGCGCGCCGGCAUCUUCGCCGCCAUCAUGGCUGCCCGACAAGCUGGCCUCCUCAUUGGGCCGGCGUUCAACCUGUUCCUGCGGCUGUGUGAUUUCAAACUGGGGCCCUUUGUUGUGAACAAGUAUACGUCUCCUGGGAUCUUCAUGUGCCUGCUGUGGGUGCUGCUCCAGUUCGUGGUCCUGGCUAUGUACUGGGACGUACCACCCAUCAGCUCGGAGGGGGGAGCGGCGGCGGUGAACCUGGAGAUGAAACAGGAGGGCGAGGAAGCGCCGCUGAUUGGCUCCGACGAGGAGCCGGUGCACACCUACAGGGCCCUCGGCGACGACCAAUCGGAGUGCGAGGUGCAGCCCGGGAACGGAGAGUCGAACCCGUUCAAAAACUUCAACGUGGGCAGAGAGUUCCUGAGAGAAGAGGUGGUCGUCCUCCUCACGGCUCAGUUCAUCACUCUCUUCAAUCAGACGGCGUUGGAGACCAUGGUGACUCCUCUGACGCAGCGCUACUUCGGUUUUGGCGAGCUGGGCAACAGUCUGAUGUACAGCCUGUGCGGGGUGGAGGUCAUCCUGGGCUUCUUCUUCGUGCGCUGGCUGAGCAGCAAGGUGGCGGACCGCGCCGUGCUGGCCACCGGCCUGGUCAUCUGCUGCACCGCCUGUACCUGGUGCCUCGUCUUCCUCUGCAACCCGCGAGGUGGUUACGACUGGGAGCUGUCGGCCUUCAUCAUCGGAGUGUUUCUGCAGCUGCUGGGGCUUCCCUUCGUGGCCGUGUCUCAGGUGUCGCUCUUCUCCAAAGUUACUGCUGAGAAAACACAAGGAUUCAGCCAAGGUGUCAGACGCUCAGUCGGGGGCCUGGCCACCAUCUUGGGUCCUCUGUGGGCUGGAGGAUUGACCAACAACUUGUACAUAAUGCUGGGAAUGAUGCUAGCUCUCCUCGUAAUGAUCACAGUUAUGACGGCGCUGUCCUACGACCGGCUGACUGAGCCCAGGGCGCUGCAGUGCGCGCACAGCUCCGACAGCGGAGGAUAGAGCUGCAGUCCGUCUGAAGAGCAAGCGAGGCUAAAGACGGACGGAGGGAAUGCCCUUCACAUCUGAGAGAAUCAAUACAAGUUUACUGCAGAGGAAAGUGUAUGAGUGUGGAAUAAAAAUGUUGAAAACACACACUGGAGCUGAGAAGCUGCCACAGAGGUGAUCACACUUCACAGGUAACCAAAAAAAAAAAAAAAGUGUGUGUGUUCCUGAGCUCUGCACCAUCGCUUCUGCUUUCAGACAUUAUUAGAAUCUACCAGGUAACUAUUAGACUAUUAAUUAUAUUUUACACAAGGGGGCACCAUUGCUCUCAUAUUGAAUAUUCAGAGGUGUAAUUGAAGAUGAAAGCUAUUAUUUUUAAACUGAACUAUUUAUAUUCCCUGGUGUUGAUGAAAAAAAGCAGGUUUGCUCGUGUGACCCGUGUACCAAAAUUUUGUUUCUUGUGCUUCGUCUUUCUUCUUGCAGAAAAAAAAACAAAAAAACCCUCUGCUGACACAAUGAGUGCACAAGUGGAGUUGUCAACAUCUGAGCGUGUCAGUGUAGCUGAUAGAAGACGAGGGUCAAAGCGAGCGAAGCUUCACACAUUUGUUGGAGUAAAACUAGACGCUUAAAUAUAAUCCGAGCAAAAUCCAGACCCUUGGAUGU